CAAAUUGUAGUUGUCAGUUGGCAUCAUGUUUUACUCCGGAGUGGUUUUAUUCAGUGUAUUGGUCGUGGGGUCUAAUUGUGGUGACCUGAAGCUACCAUCAUGGUUCCAGUUCGGCGCUGGUACUUCUGCGUUCCAAAUUGAAGGGGGAUGGAAUGCUAGUGAUAAAAGCGAAAGCGUAUGGGAUAGACAACUGCACCUGUUCCCGGCGACACUGGACGGCAAUGCUGACGUGGCGUGUGACUCCUAUCACCUCUGGCGGAGGGACAUCGAGAUGGCUGAGGAGUUGGGCCUGGAUAUGUACAGGUUCUCAAUAUCCUGGUCUCGUCUUCUCCCAACCGGUUUCUCCAACUACAUCAGUGAGGAUGGCAAGAGGUACUACAGCGACCUGAUCGACGGUCUAUUGGAGAAGGGGAUAGAGCCUGUCGUUACUAUUCAUCAUUUUGAUCUGCCUCAGAGGAUUCAGGAUCUAGGUGGCUGGGCCAACCCUCUAAUCACCGACUGGUUUUCAAGCUACGCAAAUGUCGUAUUUUCUCUAUUCGGCAACCGUGUAAAGUACUGGUUGACUAUCAACGAGCCGUUGAUACUCUGUGACUCUGGUUACACCAACCAGACGGUUCCGUACCUGGAUGAUAAGGACAUUGGCAGGUUUCUGUGUAAUAAGAAUGUCCUGAUUGCUCAUGCGAAGGCUUAUAGGAUCUAUGAAAAGAAGUAUAAGCCUAUUUAUAAUGGGAAGGUGUCAAUAGUAAACCUCUUCGUUUGGUUACAACCAGCGACUCCGGAUGACAAGGACAUAACUGAACUCACUAUACAGUACUGGGAAGGGCGGUAUGGUCAUGCCAUUUACUCCAAGGAAGGUGGAUGGCCUAAAGAACUGGAGAGCUUCUUAUUAGAGAAGGGAAGAAGCGAGGGCUAUCCCUCACCGAGGCUGCCUCCUUUCACUGAUGAAGAAGUAGCACUAGUUAAAGGAUCUGCUGACUUCUAUGCAUUUAACCACUACUCAACAAGGUUGGUUCGGAAAGCGAAGCCGGGCGAGGCGAUUGGAUCAUGGCCGAUAUUGGGUUCUCAAGAACUAGGCAUUGUUCUGGAGAGAGACCCUUCGUGGGAAGUUGGUGACACCGUGUGGUUUUCGGUGUACCCCCAAGGCCUUCGCAACCAGCUGAACUAUUUGAAGGAGACGUACGGUGACUUAGAGUACCUGAUCACUGAAAACGGGUUCUUCAGCACGGAUCCAUCCCUCAAUGAUACCAGGACUGUGGAUUAUACCUGGAAGUAUUUGGAACAGGUGGCUCUGGCAAUUCAAGAUGGUGUCAAUGUAACUGGUUACAUACACUGGUCUCUCAUGGAUAACUUUGAUAAGGGAUACAGUUCAAAAUUCGGUCUCUACUCAGUGGAUUUUAACGAUCCUAAUCGCACUCGCACGCCGCGCGCCUCCGCCCGGUACUACUCCAAAGUCACCAGGACUCAUUGUCCGUACCCUGAAGAUUUGGAGCAGUAAUGAUGACUAGGGUACAUCGACCAAUCAUCAUCAUCAUUGGUCAUAGAGCAUCUAGGUCAGAUGAUUGUGGUAGUGCUUGUGUGUAUGCGGUUAUUAAUGCCGCAAGCACUUUCUUUUCAUCAUAGCAUCGAGCAACCAAUACCUACAUGUAGCUUCUUAUGGCAAAUUCCACCUAAAUUAAAAACAUCGAACGAAAUCCCUUUAAGUAUUGCAAAGUCUG